AUGACUUUGGAGGCAUUUCAAGACAGAAUCAACAGAACAGGCACGUUCGACAGCAUUCUCGUGUCUGGGGUUUUCGAGCCUCUUAACAUGACCAACAGUGGCCUCCUAUCUUCAGUUAAGGAUUCCCCGAUGGUUGCUCAAGACCUGAACAUGCCAAGCCAUGCUCAGCUCUCGUCUCAUCUCGCCCGCCGCCACACGCCGCUGGCUGCCACCGACAUCUCAAACCUCCGCAACGGCGUUGGCCGACCCUGGGAGAUUGAACACGCCGGCCAACACGCGAACAGCUCCAUCGUCGACAUCUUCACCAAGAAGGACCUGAUGAGACACUAUAGGAGCUACUUUGGCCUAGUCCCUGACUUCAACGCAGGCUUCGCCAUCCUCGCGCACGACACCGAGGCAGCUCGUCGCCCGGACCUGAAAGUUUACGCUGAUAUCGUUUCUCUUGCGGUCGUACGGCUUCAAAAGCUCGCUACUGCUGAGAUGGCAGCGCGGUAUGUUGUCAAUUUUCAAGGCCCAGAGAAAACUGCCGCUUUCAACACCUCGCGCGACGGGCCUGGAAUGCUUGUCUCGACCUUGAAGGCUGGCAAUGUCGACCCCCUUGCGCAGGUUGCGGAUGCUGCGGGCAUCAAAUUGGAGGACCUUGACUUCCGUUUGUAUCCGGCCAACGUGGUUCUCCUCAUCAAAAUGCAGUUCUUUCAACUCUUCCUCGCUGCCAUCCCCUUUAUCGGUGUGUCGCAAGCUGUCCUUUGCUCGUGCGAUCGCAGCACAACUGUGUCAAUCACUUGCUGCCCUGACAUUCAGAAGUGGUCUGGCUAUGAGUGUGAGCCAGCGGAUCAGCAAGCCUACACGGACUGCUGCGCUGACCAGUACUCUACCACAACCUUUUGUAGAGAUAGCAGCAUCUAA